UUUCGAGCAGUGGAAUCAAUUAAUUGGAAGCCAUCGAUAUCGGAGAUUGCAGGUCGUUUGAGUAGAAGAAAUUUGGCGAGUAGUGCGUCGAUCUCGGGCAAAAAAUGUGCUCCAAUAAAUCUGACGUUUUGCUGUUUUGACGUUAGAAUUGUUGCGAACCCUCGGAAUCUCGCCGCCUCAAUUCUACGACGAAAACUUUUUUGCAACGACUCCAACUUCCUGGCACAAUUCUUUGGAUUUUGAUGACCACGAGGAGUCGGACAUUUUUCCUAAUAUUUCCGAGAGUGAAGGAUCGAUCAAGGAACCCUAUUUCGACAGGGAAGCAAUAAUCGAACGACUGAAUAUCGCUAUCGAAGAAGGCAAAAAUAUCCAAUCGAGGAACAAUUGCUUCCACGAAUACCUCGUCGAGCACUUCAAAAGAAAACAGAUGAUGCACGUCUGUACCAACGAGUCCGAGGAUGACGUCUUGUUGAACGAGUAUUUAAGGAAGCUGGACGAAUUGGAAAGAUCGAACGAGGAGCUGAGAGCUUCUGGCGAUGAUUGGGAAGCUGAGCUCACCCGAACGCGUGCUCGAAUAAGGGAGAGGAAAGAAGAUGCGAAAAACGAAACGAACGAAAUGAUAAGCAAAGAGCGUGAGAUUGGCUCCUCCUCGUGGCAGUGUGGAAAGCCACUGAGUAUGAAAAGAGUCCAAGCUUUGAUGACGCGACAACUUGACAGAAUGAGGGACAUCGCAAAAUUUCGUAUCCGUUAUACGCGAUUGAGAAACGAAUUAGUAGAGGUAGAAGUGGAACUAAAACGUGGCGCGAUAUCGGGCCCGAAUUUAACGAAGGAGGAUUACGAGCGACUGGAGGCCGAGCAAUUUCGUUACAAGCUCGAAUUGCAAACGAUGAAAAACGAGUGCGUUCGAUUUCGCGAUCGUCGGGAUAAUCUCAUCGUUCGUAUUAAAGAGAUGCCGGAAAAAAUGAAGGGAGUGGAUAUUUCACUAGAAAAGUGUGAAAAAAUGAUGAUCCUUUUGAAGUACUCGAUAAAGUUGCAACUGCAAGAGCGAAAAAUUUGGCUCGCUAAAUUGGCCGAUGCGAAACACUUUGUACGGAAUUUCAACGAAAUAAUCGGGGCCACCGAGCGUCCGGAAUUCGCCACGAGAAUUACAAAUAUUAGGAAGGAACACGAAGAGUGGAUGAAAAAAAUUUCAAGCUUUUUGAGCGACAUCAGGAAUUUAGGACAGUCGUUGAAUUCGCUGAGGGCAAACUUGAUGCUGCAUGGCCAAGAAUUGGAACGAGUAUCGAGGCAAAUUCGCGAUAAAUCAGUCUUUGAUUCGGCGAACGAAAGAACUUCGGGCGGGCACGUUUCACGAGGAUGAAAAAAGUACGAACAAAAUCAUCGACAUUUGUUUAUCGUACGUUUAUUAAAUAAUUAUUUUGAUUUCGUUGUUGUUUUUGUUGAUUUUUUUUUUUUUUUUUUUAUAUUAGCAACAGUUUCGUAUAAAUAAGGGGGCGGGGAAAGGCCUUGUUAAAAGAUCGUAAAAAUAACGAAUUAUUGGUCGAUUAUUCGUUUUUUUUGCUUAAUAACGCCCUCGUAUGUUCGAACACAUUU